AGCAGAAGGCCAUCGAAAUCGUUACCAAAAGGUUGCUUCCAAAAGGAUUAAAUCGUAAUUCCAGUGCGCGAAUUCGAAGUCAUCCGCGUCCGUUUGCAUCGGUAUCGGUUAAUUUCUUGGGUUCGGUGCCGAAAUCAGCCCGCGGUAACGUCAAAAUUGUGACGAAAUGAGCGACGGACGGACGGGAAUCGUGGUGUAGGCCGUGGAAUUAAAACAUGGCGGCUGUCGGCGGUUGUGCGCGGCGCUCGCAGAGCAACAGUUGAAUACCGCCCACCGGGUGCAAACCGGGUCGCCACCCCUUUCCGAGUGCAGUUUUUAGGUUAAUUUUAGUGGAAAAACCAGUGAAAAAUGCUGGACGACGUCUAAACCAAACGAGAAAGAUCUUCUAUUGGUUGCCUUUUGAAGCUAAAACAAAAAGGAUACUUCUCUGCGGGGCGUGGAUUUAUUUUGGCAUGUGAACAACGGAGUACAGCAGCAUCAGCGAUGACGGCCCCGCACGGCAUCGGCCGGACCGCCUUAGCGAACCGCUAAGCGCCCCCGGGCCGGGGAUGGAUCAGCAUGGAUUCCCCGCAGCCCCCCAGCGCGGCAACCGCCCUCUAGUGCCGAUAAGCAUUCCCCUACGCGCGGCGGCGCCCGUCUCGCUGUCCGAGCCUCGGCCGGAGGCGGACCGCCGCGACAAUGAGUACGUGGAGACACCACUGCGAGGGCCUCAGGCCUCGCCGCCUCUCGCCCUCCUGCCGGCGGUGCACAGGCCGCCCGCGCCGCCGCCGCCCCAGGCUGCGGUGCUCAAGCAACCCCUCUCCUUCAGCAAGACGACCGAGUGCACGGCCGCCCGGCCUUCCAUCAUGUGCGCCGACUGCGGCCGGUGUCGCUGCGCCACCUGCAGGGCGCCUCGCCCUCUACCAGAGCGCUGGGCGUGCAACGGCGCGUGUCUCUUGUCGCCCGACACCGUGGUGGACUACGUAUCGUGCUUGUGCUGCGCCAAGGCCCUGUUCUACCACUGCUCCGAGGCGGACGACGUGGGCAACAGCUGCGCGGACGACCCCUGCGGCUGCGGGCCUGAUAGGCGCGCGGCGCGGUGGGGAUGUUUGGCCGUGUUGACGUGCGCGCUGCCCUGCCUGUGGCUGUAUUGGCCGCUGCGUGGGGCGCAGCGCGCUGUGGAGUUGGUGUACGCGCGCAACUCGCGGCGGGGUUGCCGCUGCCGGCCCAAGGAGCCGCCGCAGCCUACGGAUAAGCGGCUCUUGGCGAACGAUUAAUUUAUUUCUAGUGUAUAUAGAACUGCCGCCGCGCCCCCUGCGGUCACCAGUAUUAUCUAGUCCAGCGCCGAGAAGCGGCGCGAGAGUGUCUCUCGAGUGUGCCUGGUGCCUACAAAUAACACUUGUGUACAUUUUUUUCCAGCAAAUUUAUUUUUUACCGAUUUUCUCUAACUUAUUUAUUAUUGUUAAAACUCGAUCAGUUUGGAAUCUGACACGAUUGUUGCAUAAUCGCCUUGUUUGCUCUUCGCUUUCCUCUCACGUACUACACCAAAAUAAUCUUAAAUGACUUUAGAAAAUGUAUCUGGAAUCAUUUUUAAUGCUUAAAAAUUAACGACCAUAAUAAUAUACAAGAUGUCUUAUAAUAAAUAAAUUUGUAUAUCUUACGCUGAGUCUAUAAAUUCGAUUAUGUAAGUAUAUCAAUUCUGUCAAAUUGUCUACACAAUCUGUCAAAUUCGUGAUGUGCUGUAUGGUCAAAUUAAAUAAUUCGUAGCGAUUAUAGAGGGAUUAUUAUUGUAUUAAAAAACACGUUAAUGAUGUUUUAAAUAAGUAAUAUUUUUUAACAAAUUUUCAAAAAAGAGAAGUUUGUAUAGCUGCUAAAUUUUUCUAAUUACAAUUAUUUUUCUAGAAAUAGUAUAUAGAGCAUAAUUUAUUGUUAUGUUAAGUACUAAAGUUCUUGACAGUUGAUCGUGACUUUAUUUUAGAAUCUUAUAAAAUGUUAAAACUGCAAUAAAAGUAUAAAGAUAUUAGUAAAUACGUGUUAUUUAUUUCAAAACUCUUUAUAUUUUUCAUAUUGUAGUUCUAACGAUAGAUCCGGCAUUUUAGUUGAAUGACACUUAAACUUCAUUCAGAACCUCGUAAUUAGUGGAAUAAAUAAGUGAAUGAAUAUAAAUAUUAAAAAGACAUCUUGUAUAUGUAGAAAUCGUUCCUCAAAUCAAUUUCAAAAUAUUUGAACUUUGAAAUAAAAAAAUAUGAGUGUUUCUCACUUAAGUAGUUUUUAUUACAUUUUGAGUUUUACUUCCUACAGUGAGAUCUAUUUGCCACAAUAAUUAAUUGUUUUAUCUUCUCCUUACAGACUUGACCUUUCUCUGUUACGCAAAUUUAAUUAAUGAUAAUAAUGCCAAGCACCAACACGGACGAUUUUGCAACAAUCAGUUUCUGUUUUAUUGUUUCUUUUUUUUUAUGAUACGACAUCCAGGCAGUCAGUUAGGUUCAAAUUUUCAAAUUAACGAACGGAGGUGUAUUGAAAAUUUACGAUUUUUUCUGUUUUUAUAUAAUUUUUAUUACAAAUUUUUCUUUUUGACCUUUUUUUAUAUGCGAAUGUAUACAAUUAUUUAUACAAUUUUCAAUUUUGUGCAGAGAGUAAUUUUAUGUAAAGGGGUAAGAUACCGGAAUAUGUAUAUUUUGAAGUACCAUUUUUUCAAAUCGACGAUAAUUUCUAUCGGGCCAAACCCUAUGUAUUAUUAAAAAAAUACUUGAGAGUGGGAAAAUGAAAAAUACUUUUUUUACUUUUGACAGAAAUUAUCACAGAUUCGCGUUUCAAAGAUCACCGUGACGUCGUUUUUUCCCGAGCAUACUAGUAUUUUUAAUGAAACAAAACAUGAUAAUAUUGUAUUAAAAGAUCUAAAGAAUCUUUUAAUAUACAAAUACUUCUAAUUUAAUAAAUGAAGAUUUGGAGAUACACUGAUAAUUUUCAUGUAUUGUAAAGUUCAAUAUAUUUUGUUCUAGAAUGACUUUUUAGCCUCUUUUUAGAAAUAAAAGUUUAUUUGGUAUGGCUUAUAUAUAUAAAUGUAUAGAAGUAUAAGAAAAAAUAAAAAAGUUUUAGAUAUACAACAAAAAACACAGAGACAGAAUUAAUUAACACAUACAUACUAACGAAUUAUCUUUGUUAGAAUCGCUGUUCUAUUUAUAAAUUAUCUAUACAUAUAUAAAAUGCUAAUGUUUAUCUGUAUCGUCUCUACUGAAGUAACGACUUGCUUUAGAAAGUUGCCUUUUUUACUAAAAGAUAGUUAAUUGGCUCUUCCUAAUAACUGUCGUCGCUGGAUUUUUUGUUUUUCAUUUAAUUAAAAAAAAUAAGUAUUUUUUUCCUAUGAUGUCGUGGCGGAUGCGCCAGGUUUCAACUAGUUAUAAAAUAAAUGUAUACUACUUACAAUAAUAGAUGAUAUAUCUCUUCUGGACUUAAAACUAUCUUUACUAGAGUAACUGUCAACAUACAAUAAUAAAAUAAUACUUUUCAUUGACAGUGAUGUUAGAAAAAUAAUAGAUACUAUUUCAUAGAUGUGUGGAUUACAACCAAAACCAAAGGAAUGUCUUUGGUACGUUAAAAUUGCUGUGAGUCCUUACUGUCUUGUUCAAAAGCAAAUAUCUCCAACAAAACUAAAACUGUUGAGAUGAAUCAAAAAAUAAAAUAUCGAAAAAAGAUGUACCUUGAUGAUGAAGUGGUUUAUAAAUUCGUUACUUUGUUAAACCAUCCUACAGGGUGUUUCAAACUUUCACCAAAAUAACAACAUUUUGUUUUUCUUGGCUUAAAAAAAAUCAAAAUCGGCUCACUAGAACAAAAUACAUUGCACUUUAAAUUACGUGGAAAUUUUAAGGUGUCCAUUUUUCGUGUCUGUCAGUGUAUUUUUGGGCUAUUAAAAACCUUUAAUGAAGGGAUUGUGGGUUGAAUAACCCUGUAUUCUGGUAUCUUACCUUUGGCAGAUGGGUACCUAUUUAAUGAAAUUAAAAAACAAAGAUGAUAUUUUUGUACAUAAGUAUUAUAAAAGGCGGAAACGUUCAGGGUUGUACGACUUAUGAUAGUUAUAUAAAUAUAAAUAAAUGAAAGAACGCUUUUCUUAGAAAUAUAUUAAAUUGUAAGAUUUCCAUAUACACAAACUUCUAAGUAUAUUAUUAAUGCGCAAAAGUUAAAUGUAUCGUUUCAGGCUAUUUCUCUAAAAUCGAUACCUUUUUUAAAAUUUUCCGGAACGAUCUGGCUAAAUUAUUACCGGCGGUAAACAUAAUUGAUGAAAGAAAUACCGCCGUUAGACGGUUUUACAUAUUUAUUAACGUAAAUACCGCCGAAAAACGAGGUAAAUGUUGGCGGUUUAUGCUAAAAAUAUAAAAAAAUACCGCCGGUCAGCGGUAUAUUUUUUCAAAAACAGAAAUACCGCCUUUAUUUUACCAAAUUUUAAGUGUUAUUCCUUUUUCCAACAUAAGUUCCACUAUUAACUUUUUGUUGCCAAAGUAAAACUACAUUUUAUUGCAUUCAAACAUAAACUUACAGCACGUUUUGAUUGCUUUGGUUUCACUCUUUUUUUUUCAGUUUGAUUAAUGUGUAUCUGAUUACUUUGAAUAUUUUGAUUUUAAAAUUGAAUGUUUUACAAUUUUUUUAUAAUAAUUAUCAAAUAUCAACCACAGCUCAAUCCAAGUCAAAAAAUGAAGGGUUAUAUUAUGAUUUCGGCGGUAUUUGAUGUUUAAAAUAAAGUAUACCGCCGGUUACGGUUAAGUGCAUACCGCCGUCAAUGACAGAUUAAUUCAAUUUUCCAUCGACAUUUAUAGAUAUAGAAAUAUUAUACCGCCGGUUGGCGGUAUUUUUCUUGUAUACACUGACAAUACCGCCGGCGGAUGUUUAGCCAGUGCGUUUUCUUAAACCUACAAAAGUGUUGCUGCGAGUGUGAUGAAUGAAAAACAAAUAUAAAUGUAUCAUUGAUGUUUUACUUAUGAAUUGAAUUAAUUGUACUCGAAAGUGUGUUAUUGUUAAGAAGUUGUAUGUAUUAUUAUCGUCGAAGAACAUAUUAUACAAACUGAAUUGUUUUAGAGAAGAAGCCUUUGUUUAUAUAAAAGAAGAAAAUAAGAAAAUGCCUCCGAAUAACCGUUUUUAUACAGGGUGUAUAAUGAACAAACGCGAAAAAAUUCCAAAGUUGAUUUUUUAAAAAAUAUUUUUUUUUAUAUUAAGUUUUUCGAUUUGGCGUUUCUCUGCAAAGAUUUUUUCAUUAUAUAGGCUGAACCAAAAUCACAAUAUAUAGUAUACAGUUCUAAUGAAAUUUAAAAUUACUAAUAAUGGAUUUUUCUUUUUUAUUGUUGAGCUCUCUGUAGAAAAAAUUGUGUAGGGUCAAAACUUUCUAAAUUCAAGUGCUUAUUGUAUUUUUAUUAUAUUUUUCUACGUAAUUUCUGACAAAUUUUGACAAAACAAAGUACGUUUUGGAUAAUUUCUGGGUUCUUGUGAUGAAUAGGUCUUUUUUGUGCAAGGUUGUCUUAAAUUGAAUAUUUUUAACCAAAUAAAUUGGUUUGGUUUGGUUAGGUUUAUGACAUUCACACACCAAAUGUCAAAUUUUUAGUGUGUAUUGUUGAAUAAAAUAUUGUGAUUUGGGUCUACCUGUUCAAGCAAAUAAUUUCGUAGGGAAACUGACAAAUCUCAUUUUUUUUAAAUCUCUAAUUGUUUCGCGUUUGUUCUUGUACACCCUGUAUAUUUGUAUAAUUUUUGAGAAACUAACAUAGAAGGCGGGGCAUAAUCGACUGAAUGUUUUAAAGCCAAAUUUCAAAUACAAGUUAAUGUUUAAUUAUUAACAACUAAUAAAAAUAUAUAUUAUACAUAUAUUUUCCGAGAAAAAAAAAUGAAUAUUCAUCUUUUGGUGCUUCCUGUUGUAUUUUUAUAUGUAUAAGCGAACUUAAAAAAAAUUGUACACCUCUUUCUAAUCUAAUCAAUUAAUGUCACUAGUAUCGAAGAGGUCGUGUUAAAUUUUUUGUUUAUUUAUGUUGUGCCGGUUUUUUAGACCGCUGUGCGUAGACGUAAAAAAAUGUAGAUCAAAAUAAAAAAAAUCACAUUUUUGAAGUAUAUAGUAUCGAAAAAAAAUGGCGUCAAGUUACCUUUAAAAUGACGAACGAUGAUGUAUAAUUUUCUAACUGAAAAAUUAAUAAGGAAUUUACGAGGGGUGUCUCACUAUUGGAAUUACCUGAACAUUUUCUUGGCAGUCGCUGGCAGUCAUUGGCAGUCUUACAGCAGUCGCCUAUAAUAAUUACAUGGCAGUCAUAAGC